AAUAAAAAUAACACAAAAAAAUAUACAAAAUUAGCGGGAAUUGAAAAUUUAAUGGGGUUUUAUCUCUAAAAAUUCUACAAGCUCUUUUGAGGUUAUCUUUUUCAUACUUAAACUUUAUUAAUUAUAUUACUAUGAAGUGUACAAUACCAGAAAUAUCAUGGCACAAUCGUGAUCCAGUAUUAAGUGUUGACAUACAGCAAUGUAAACAAAUUAAAGAUGAUGUAAAUGGCAAAUUGUAUUGGCGUUUAGCAACUGGUGGUGCUGAUUCACAUGUUUUAAUUUGGCAUGUAACAAUAAAUGAAUUAGGUGUAGCUUCAGUUAAUUGUGUUGCUGAGUUGAAUCGUCAUCAAAAAACAGUUAAUGUCGUACGUUUUUCACCUUCUGGAGAAAUUCUAGCUACUGGAGAUGAUGAGUCGGUAAUAAUUUUAUGGAAACAUAGAGAAGGUACGGAACCACCAGCAUUACCAGGUGAAGAAAAUAUAAAUGAAGAACAAUGGACAUCCUGGAAAGUAUUAAGAGGACAUUUAGAAGAUGUUUAUGAUAUAAGCUGGUCACCAGACAAUAAUAUGCUUGUAUCAGGAUCUGUUGAUAAUACUGCAAUUGUUUGGGAUGUACGAAAAGGUCGUAGCAUUAGUAUAUUACAAGAUUAUAAAGGAUUUGUUCAAGGCGUAUCUUGGGAUCCAUGUAAUCAAUAUAUUACAACUUUAAGUACUGACAGACAGUGUCGUUUAAUUGAUUUGAAUACUAUGAAAACAAUACAACGUGUUAGUAAGUCAAGAAUUCCAACACCACCAGGACAUUUGCUUGAAAAUAAAAUAAUACGGUUAUUUUGUGAUGAUACAUUUAAAUCGUAUUUUCGUAGAUUGACAUUUACUAUUGAUGGUUCAUUGAUAAUUGCACCAUCAGGUAUUAUUGAUUCACAAGAAUCAACGGAUUGUCUUUCUAAUGCAAUAAUUAUUUUUUCACGCAAUAAUAUUAAAGAGCCAAUAAUGGUAUUACCAACAUUAGAUGAACCAACUAUUGCCGUAAGAUGUUGCCCAUUAUAUUUUGAGUUACGAAAUCAAGGUCCAGUCGCACUUAUAGCAUUACCAUAUCGUUUAGUAUUUGCAGUAGCAACACAAAAAUCAGUUUUUAUUUAUGAUACACAACAAAUAUCACCAAUAGCUAUUAUAUCUAAUAUACAUUAUACCCGUCUUACUGAUGUUACGUGGUCGUCAGACGGUCGGUUAUUAGUUGUAUCAUCAACAGACGGUUAUUGUUCAAUUAUACAUUUUCAAGAAGGCGAAUUGGGUAAAAUUUAUACUGUUAAUAAACCAUUAUCAAUAAAUUCAAUAAAUGGUAAUAUUAAAUCAAAUGUUGAUGAAGUAAAAAAUGAUAAGAAAAAAAAUAUAUUACAUAAUGAAAAAAUUGAUUUUCUACCUGAUGUAGAUAAUGAAGCAAUGGAUAUUGAUGUGAUAAAAUAUGAAUCAACUGAUAUUAAUAAUAAAAAAUGUAAUUUAAAUAUUAAAAAUGAUAAAGUUAGUUUAGUUACAACUAAUGAAAUACAAAUGAUAAAUUUAGAAGAUACUGAAGACAUUAAAUUGGUCUAUAAUGAUACAAGUAAUAUUGAAACGCCAAAAAAUAUACCAGACAAUAAUAAAUCUGUACGAAUAACACCACCUAAAAUUGAAAAUACACAAAAUUUGUCUGUUAAAACACCUAGACGAGUUAAAUUGAUAACGAUUUCAAGUCCCAAACGCGCUAAAGAGCAAUAGUUAUAAAACUAAAAAAUAAUUUAUCCAAUAAUGAAAUUUGAAAGGGGAAAAAAAGUAAAAAGUAAUUGCUUUAUUUGUUGGAAAAUACAUCAAAAAC